AUGGAUCAAAUUGAAUCAAAUCUAACAACAACAAAUGAUAAAGAAAUAAAUAAAAUUUACAAAACAGAACUUUUUAUCGAUUUACAACCAACAGCAUUAAACAGUUCUGAAUUAGCUUGUCGUUGUCAUAAAUGCAAAUAUUUAAUUAAUUGUGAUAAUGAAAAUGAAAUAAAAUUUAAUAAUCGAUCUUAUCACGUUAAUUGUUUUACAUGUAUUAUGUGUAAUGAUAAUCUUAACAAUUUAACAAAUAAAAAAUUUCAAAUAAAUAAUGAUGGUGAAGCAAUAUGUACCAAAUGCGAAUGUAAACAAGCAAACAAAUGUUUUCUUUGUGAACAAGCUAUUGUAAGAGAAGAAUCAAUUAUUUUAGAUAAUAAUUAUUAUCAUAAAAAUUGUUUUCAAUGUUUUCAAUGUCAAAAAUCAUUAAUUAAUGAAAAAAAUUUUCGAAUUCAUUCUCUAAAACUUUGUUGUUUUCAAUGUUAUAAUGAACAUUUUGGAAUACGAUGUGAAAAAUGUUCUGAAGUUAUUUCUAAUGGAAUAGCAACUAGUUAUAAUGGAAAAAAAUAUCAUCCAGAUUGUUUUCAAUGUAGAAAAUGUAAAAAAAACAUAAUUGAUAGUAAAUUUACAAUACAUGAUGAUCAAAUUUGUUGCAUUGAAUGUUAUAAUGAACAUUUUACAGAGAAAUGCUUUCAAUGUUUGAAAUCACUUUCAAAUCGAGAAUCAAUAAUUUUUAAUGAAAAUACUUAUCAUUUAGAUUGUUUUAAAUGUGAGAAAUGUAAUAAAACAAUAAAUGAUCUUAAAUUUGCAACAUAUAAUUCAAAAGCUUAUUGUAUUCAAUGUUACAAUGAAAAUUUUGCAGUUAAAUGUUAUCAAUGUUUAAAACCCAUAUCGGUUGGUAAAUCAAUAGUUUAUAAUGAAAAUAAAUAUCAUUCAAAUUGUUUUCGUUGUUUUCGAUGUGACAAUAUUCUAAAUGAUUCAACGUUUUAUAAUGAAAAUUCAAAACCUUGUUGUAUUAAAUGUUAUAAUGAAUAUUUUGCUGAAAAAUGUUAUCAAUGUUUAAAAUCAAUAACAAUAGGAAGAUCAAUAAUAUUUGAUAAAAAAACUUAUCAUCCUGAUUGUUUUCGUUGUUGUCAAUGUAAUAAAAUAAUGAACGAUUGUCAAUGUCGAACGGAAAAUGAUAAACCAUACUGUAUACAAUGUUAUGAUCAAUAUUUUAGACCGCGAUGUUCAAAAUGUUCAAAACCUAUUAUUGAUCAAUAUACCAUGUUUGAAGGAAAAAAAUUUCAUAGUAAUUGUUUCAUUUGUGUUAAAUGUUGUCGAAUAAUUAAUAAUAAAGAAAAUUUUUAUCGUGAUCAACUUGGUAUUCUAUGUUCCAAUUGUAUUAUCUAA